AUGCUUUCAGCAAAGGUUCGCCGUAAAGUAGCUCCGGCGAACGGAGACGCCGACAACUCCGCCGACAAACAAGACCAGCUCCUCCUCUCUUCAACCAUCUUCAACGGCGAAGACCUCGGCCCUUUCGUCCGCAAAGCCUUCGCAUCUGGCAAGCCCGAGACACUCCUUCACAAUCUCCGCCACUUCGCUCGCUCAAAAGAAUCCGAAAUCGAAGAAGUCUGCAAAGCUCACUACCAAGACUUCAUCUUAGCCGUUGAUGACCUCCGAUCUCUCCUCUCCGACGUCGAUUCACUCAAAUCUUCGCUUUCCGAUUCCAACUCUAAGCUUCAGUUCGUCGCUGGUCCCCUCUUAACCUCCCUAGACUCCUAUCUCGAAGCUCAAACGGUAUCGCAUAAUGUGAACUUGGCUCUCAGUUUGAUUUUCUCUUGUAUCAAGCUAUUAGAGCUUUGUUCUAGAAGUAAUUUCCAUUUAUCUCGCGGUAAUUUUUACAUGGCCUUGAAGUGUGUGGAUUCGAUUGAGACUGAUUUUUUAGAUAAAACGCCGUCCUCUACUUUGAAGAGAAUGUUAGAGAAGAAGAUCCCAGAGAUUAGAUCGCAUAUAGAGAGGAAAGUUAGUAAAGAGUUUGGUGAUUGGUUAGUGGAGAUUCGUGUCGUGAGUCGGAAUUUGGGGCAAUUGGCAAUUGGUCAAGCCUCUGCAGCGAGGCAGAGAGAAGAGGACUUGAGAAUUAAGCAGAGGCAAGCUGAAGAACAGAGUAGACUUAGUUUGAGAGAUUGUGUUUAUGCUUUACAAGACGAGGACGACGACGACGGGCUCGGUGGUGUGAUCGGUGAUGAUGGUAAAGAUGGGUAUAGUAAUGGUGGUGGUAAUGGGUUGUUGGGGUUUGAUUUGACUCCGCUUUAUAGGGCUUAUCAUAUACAUCAGACCUUAGGACUUGAAGAUCGGUUUAAGCAGUAUUAUUUUGAGAAUAGGAAGCUUCAAUUGACUUCGGAUUUUCAGGUAUCGUCCAUGACUCCAUUCCUUGAAUCGCAUCAGACUUUUUUUGCACAAAUUGCUGGGUUUUUUAUUGUGGAAGAUCAGAUUUUGAGGACUGGAGGGGAUUUGAUAUCGAGAAUGGAAGUUGAGAAUUUGUGGGAAACUGCUGUUAGUAAGAUGUGUUCGGUAUUAGAGGAUCAGUUUUCUAGAAUGCAAACUGCCAGUCAUCUUUUGUUGAUUAAGGAUUAUGUGAGUUUGCUUGGAGUAACUUUGCGUAGAUAUGGAUACCCCGUUGAUGCUUUGUUAGAUGUUUUGAGCAAGCAUAGGGAUAAGUAUCAUGAGCUAUUGUUGUCUGAUUGUCGUAAGCAGAUUGCAGAAGCGCUUUCUGCAGAUAAGUUUGAGCAGAUGUUGAUGAAGAAAGAGUAUGAAUAUUCUAUGAAUGUGCUUUCGUUUCAAUUACAGACAUCGGACAUUGUACCGGCAUUUCCUUAUGUUGCACCAUUUUCAUCCACUGUACCUGAUUGUUGCCGAAUUGUGCGAUCCUUUAUUGAAGAUUCUGUGAGUUUUAUGUCAUAUGGUGGGCAGCUUGAAUUCUUUGAUGUUGUAAAGAAAUAUUUGGACCGGCUUUUAAGUGAGGUUUUGGAUGGAGCUUUAUUGAAGCUUAUUAAUACAUCAGUUCAUGGAGUAUCCCAGGCUAUGCAGGUUGCAGCAAACAUGGCUGUGUUAGAACGUGCUUGUGAUUUCUUCUUUCGUCAUGCUGCACAGCUUUCAGGCAUUCCCUUGAGAAUGGCAGAGAGGGGUAGGCGACAUUUUCCACUAAACAUUGCUCGUGAUGCAGCUGAAGAGAUGCUAUCUGGACUGCUUAAACAGAAGGUUGAUGGCUUUAUGACAUUGAUUGAGAAUGUGAACUGGAUGGCUGAUGAGCCCACCCAGGGCGGCAAUGAAUAUGUGAAUGAGGUCAUGAUAUAUUUGGAAACUUUGGUUUCUACUGCUCAACAGAUAUUGCCAACUCCUGUUCUUAAAAGGGUUUUGCAAGAUGUUCUUUCUCACAUUUCAGAGAUGGUUGUUGGGGCUUUACUCGGGGACUCAGUCAAGAGGUUCAAUGUUAAUGCUAUCAUGGGGAUUGAUGUAGAUAUCCGAUUGUUGGAAUCAUUUGCCGAUAAUCAAGCUUCAUUGUUCUCUGAAGGGGAUGCAAAUCAGUUGAAAACAGCACUUGCUGAGGCAAGGCAACUGGUCAAUUUGCUUUUGAGCAAUCAUCCUGAGAAUUUUCUGAAUCCUGUGAUCAGGGAGAGGAGUUACAAUACGUUGGACUAUAGGAAAGUAAUGAUAAUAUCAGAGAAGUUGAGGGAUCCUUCAGACCGGUUAUUUGGAACAUUUGGGAGCAGGGGAGCCAGGCAGAAUCCGAAGAAGAAGUCUCUUGAUGCAUUGAUAAAAAGACUCAAGGAUGUCAGCUGA